UUAACAAAAGUUGCUUAAUAGAUUCAUUUAACAUGAAUGACUAAUGAUUACAAACAGUGCUUCUGCUAUAAUCCUGUCUAUUAUUAUCUAAUGUGUAGUGAAAUAUUUUAAGUAUUUUCUCAUAACCUUUAGUUCUGCUGUAUUGAUCACCCACAAUUAUGUAUUUAAUGUAGAUUACUUCUAAGGUUACAAUCGUGAGCACGUGCUAUAAUUUGUAGGGUUGUAAUUUUGAAUAUUCAUGUUUGCGUUUAAAGUUUAUAGUAUUCUCCUUACAGAUUUGAAUGUUCUGUAUUACAGUGUGUUCAGUAUUUAGUGUUAGUUUUACUAACAAUUUAAUUUGCAUUUGGUAGUGCAUGAAUUGUUUAAAAGUUCCAAGCAUGCACUGUUAACAGUUUUCAUUUUUCAUCACCCUUUGUUCAAUUUUGUUAAACAUUGUUGAAAAUCGUGGAAGAUUCUCCACUACCUCCACACCGUCAACUUCACCACACCUGCGGGUGAGGCUACACACUUUGAUGAGAAUGGUGAACCACCAGCUGCUUAUGACAUCAUUAACUGGCAAGUGGGAUCACAGGGGAUGGUGGAGUUUGUCAAGGUGGGAGAGUUUGAUUCUGCGGAUGGAUCUCACAGCGAGCUUGACAUCAAUGUGACAAGAGUCGUCUGGGGCAGUGGCCAGAAUGAGGUGCCUGUGUCCAUCUGCAGCAUGCCCUGUCCCCCAGGCACUCGAAAGGCUGUGCAGAAAGGAAAGCCCAUCUGCUGCUUUGACUGCUUACCAUGUGCAGAAGGGGAGAUCACCAACACCACUGGUUCAACAGAGUGCCAGAAGUGCCCAGAUCGAUUCUGGUCAAAUGCUGCUCGAACAACCUGCAUCCCAAAAGAGGUGGAGUUCCUGUCCUUCCAGGAGACCAUGGGGAUCAUUCUUGCUGCUCUUUCAGUCUCUGGGGUGGUCCUCACUGGCUGUGUCAUUACCACAUUCUUUUUCCACCGGGACACGCCCCUUGUUAGGGCAAACAAUGCAGAGCUGAGCUUCCUGCUGCUGCUGUCACUCUCUCUCUGCUUCCUGUGUGCACUGGCCUUCAUCGGUCGCCCCGCCCCCUGGUCCUGUAUGUUGCGCCACACGCUGUUCGGGAUCAGCUUUGUGCUCUGCAUUUCCUGUGUCCUCAGCAGGACGGUGGUGGUGCUGGUGGCCUUCCGUGCCUCAGUCCCUGGCAGCAACAUCAUGCGGUACUUUGGCCCGGUGCAGCAGAGACUGGCCAUCUCCCUCUGCACCUCUGUCCAGGUGCUCAUCUGUGUGCUGUGGCUGGUUCUGUCACCACCCAUCCCAGCUGAGGUACAGGGGCGGAGUGCCAGGAUCAUCCUCGAGUGUGAUGUGGGCUCAGGGGCUGGAUUUGCCUGUGUCCUGGGCUACAUCGGCCUGCUGGCAGCCACCUGCUUCCUGCUGGCCUUUUUAGCCAGGAAGCUCCCAGACAACUUCAAUGAAGCCAAGUUCAUCACCUUCAGCAUGCUCAUCUUCUGCGCUGUCUGGAUCACCUUUGUCCCAGCCUAUGUCAGCUCCCCAGGAAAAUAUACGGUUGCUGUGGAGAUAUUCGCAAUCCUGGCCUCAAGCUAUGGACUCCUUCUCUGCAUCUUUGCUCCCAAGUGUUAUAUAAUCCUACUGAGACCAGACAGGAAUACUAAGAAGAAGAUGAUGGCCAAAUAAAAAUCAUAAAACAUAAUUACAUUUAAAUGCAUGAUGGCAUAUUUAUCUGGCUUUGUUUAGUUGUUGGAUCACUAGACCAGUCAACUUCCAGAGCUGAAGCUGCAAGACAUUUAAAAUCCCAAUAUUAACUAAAUGCAGAAAAUUAAUGUGUCACCACUUUGUUAUACAAUUGAAUCUGUUCUCUAUCUUCUUUGUUCUAGCUUUCUCUACACACAUAGUUGUCUUGUAAACAAAAAAUGUGAAAUCAUUAAACCAUAAAACAUUGAAAUAUUAAAAUAAGAAAUGUGAAAUUGUCAAUACUAUAUCAUGCAAUAAAUUACAAAAGAUUCCAGGAAGUAACUUAUAAAAAUAAAAC